AUGGAAAACCAGAAUCUGACUAAGGAGAAAAUAGCACUAAAGCCUGAGUUGACUGAAACAAUAUCUCAUGAUCACAUGCAGACACUCAACAUAAAAUCAGAAGAUGUAAUAAAGCAAAAUAGAGUGCUACAUGAGAAACUGAAAUCAUCAAACCAAGCUGUCAAACGCACUAAACGGAAAGAGGACUACUGGAAAACUAAGUGUACAAAAUUGGAAACAUCAGAUGACACAUCUAAAGAAGACUACCAAGCACUUCUAAAUGAGCUACAAGCUGAAAAUGACCAACUCAGAAUCACUGUCAAUGAGCUUCAGCAUACCCUUAAGGAAAAAGAUGAAAUUCCCUAUCUCAUGGAGCAGCUGCAUGAUUUGACUGACACCAAAGUCAUCAAUCUAUUUGACAAGAAAGAGAAAGUAUUCACUCCAGAACUUCAUUUGUGUGUGUACUCUCUUCUCGAACACAAUGUCCCAUCAACUAAAAUAGGACCAGCCAUGGAAACCUGUUUGAAGUUAGCAGGAAAAGAACCUGACCGACUACCUUCUCCAUCAACAGUUGUUAAUAUGAAUAUCCAAAGACUCUGUCUAGCCAAAAAGCAACUACAAGAAGAACUGUCAGAAAAAAUCAAAACCACCUUGCACACUGAUGAGACAUCGAAGUUUGGCAUUAAAUAUGGUGGGUUUUCUGUUCGUGAUGAAGAAGGUAAUUAUUUUGCAUUAGGACUUCGUGAAAUGGCCACAAAAUCAGCACAAAACACACUGGACACAUUUAAAGAAAUUUUACAUGAUAUUUCUGACAACAACGAGGAAACCCAGAAGAAUGUUGGAAACAAAAUUAUCUGCAAUAUCCAAAAUACGAUGAGUGAUCGUGCCGCUACAGAAUUAAAGUUUAAUGAGCUAUUAGAAAGUUACAGGGAAGAGCUGCUACCACAGAUACAGGGAGAUUACCACGCAUUGGAUGAUGUUGAAAAAGAAACAGUAAGCAGACUGAACAAUUUCUUCUGCGGUGUUCAUGGCCUGGUACAUUUGGCGAAUGCAGCCCAGAAGGGAUUAUGUGAAGCAGAAAAGGGGAAUUUCGAUGGAAACCCACCAAUUUUUGAUGAGAAUUUCUCUAAAAGUGAUGAAUCAGGUUGUUUUCGCUUAAUAAGAAGUGCAUGCAAGGCUUUUGCAAGAAGAGGUGAUGAAAAGUGUGGGUGUUAUGGGGCAUUCCGAACAUACAUGCAGCCAUUUCUUACUGAAAACAGAAUGAUCUCACUUCCUCUGCAACCAUUUAAGGGCAACAGAUUCAACAUUUUAUUUCAAAAUGCUGCAUGCCUUUACUUUCUUCAUCCUCACAUGACUGAAUUUCUGGAGAAAUCAGAUAUUGAAAACAAAAGGCUUCUGAAGUCUGUUCUCUCAGAUCUUAAAGUUUCUUUUUAUGUUGCCGGACUGAAAGCCCUGGGAUUGAUUUCAAAGAUGAUUACAACACCCCUUUGGAAUAUUCUCGAGAACAAGGAUACAUCAAUUGAAGACAUGACACAAAAUUAUCUCCAUCUAUCAAAUUAUUUGGCGGAUGUAACUGAAAAUCUAGCUGAUUUUAUAAAGGGAACCUUUCCAGCUUUAACAGGAAUAGACUUUAAUGGCGACAGAGUAUUUGAAUUCCUGACCAAAGAGUCUAAUUAUGAUACUGAUCUGGAAAUCAUUCUACGUGUCCUGUUACCAGCGAUCCGGAAAGUAGUACUGCAUGUCUAUAAAAACCACAUGCCAGAUGGUAAAUAUGAAACUUUUAUUGAGGAGCUCUCACUGGCUACCAAGAGUGUGGACAAAAGUAAUUCUUAUUCUGAGCUACUGUUCACGUAUAUGGACCAAAUUUUAAGAGUUAAACCUAAUAUAUCAGCUCUAGCUCUUGAGGCUUACACACUUUUCCUAAUGAACAAGACAUCCACAUGGAUAAUAAGAAACAAAGAGGCUAUGGAAGACCUUAUUUCGGAAGCUAGAAAAUCCGUUUCUACUGAAAGAGAUUUAUUCUCAAAAAGAAAGGGAGAAAUUCAACGACAGAGGGAGGAGAAACAAGAAGAAGAGUUCCGAAAAAGAGAAGAAAACAAGCACAACUGGAAAAACAGAGUGAUGACAUUAUUUUCUAUGGUUUAUGGAAAUCAGCCCGCGAGUGUAAAUUGA